AUUACUUCCCUACUAUCAUUCUUGAAGAAUUUACUACAUGAGGAUUUUCGUGUUCUUGGCGUUGUUGACUGUUGCAAUCGGAACUGAAAAUCUCAAUUCUCAUGUGUUUCCAAGGCCAUUGAUUAUUGAGUAUCCUGAAAAACAAUUGAGGGAUGAGUUGAAGUGUACGACUUGGAGGUUUGUUGUUGAAACGAAUAAUUUAAGUCCAUGGAAGACGAUUCCAGAGGAAUGUGCUGAUUAUGUCAAGGAAUAUAUGGUGGGUCCAGGUUAUGAGAUGGAGAUUGAUAGGGUUUCGGAUGAGGCGGGAGAAUAUGCCAAAAGUGUUGAUUUGGGAGAUGAUGGAAGAGAUGUGUGGAUUUUUGAUGUUGACGAAACUUUGCUUUCGAAUCUUCCUUAUUAUUCUGAUCAUCGUUAUGGAUUGGAGGUAUUUGAUGAUGUGGAAUUUGAUAAAUGGGUUGAGAAGGGAACGGCGCCAGCCUUGGGGUCCAGCUUGAAGCUUUAUCAAGAAGUUCUGAAGCUGGGAUUCAAAGUUUUCUUGCUGACUGGGCGCAGUGAAAGACACAGAAGUGUUACUGUGGAGAAUUUGAUGAAUGCUGGAUUCCACGAUUGGCACAAGCUCAUUCUAAGAGGCUCGGACGACCAUGGCAAAACAGCAACAACCUAUAAAUCAGAGAGACGAAAUGAGAUGGUAGAAGAAGGUUUCCGCAUAGUGGGCAACUCAGGAGACCAAUGGAGUGAUCUGCUAGGCUCCUCUAUGACUUAUCGCUCAUUCAAGCUUCCAAACCCGAUGUAUUACAUUCUUUAAAGUAACUAAUAGGUUUGGUAGUCCAUGUUGAUGCAACAUGCCAAUGAUUAUUUCUUUUCACUGCAAUGGAACUGUAAUUCUUAUAAUCCCUUAAACUGGAGAUCAUUGAUGAUUCAAUUAAUGUAUGCCGUAGCAGCAACAAUUGUGCAUAACCACCAUUUCCGUCUGUGACGACUCUUUUGUUUCUAAACCACUCUUUUAGUGUUUUGUUUAGUCCCACUGCCAUAUCAUAGCCAAGUUAUGGGGGCUACUCAUAAAAAGGUUUCCUACUUGCAAGACUAAUGGAGAGAUAUAAACGAAAGGUAAGUAAUAUUUGUACAACGUUGACAAAAAUAAAAUAUCGUCAUUUGAUGGUCCUG